AGCACCGCAACAACUCUCUCUUCCACCUACCGUCUGCAACUUUUUUUUCUCUUUUCCUUCUUUCUUCUUCUUCUUUUUUUUUAUUUCUUAAGUGUGUCUUCUUCCAACCACCAACCAUUGCUGCAACUUCUCUUCCACCUACAUUCAAUCUCUUGUGAAGCUCAGCCAGGCCAAUCUGCACUAUUUCGACGCACAACUCCCUGCUUCUUUCACAUACAGCUCAGCAAGAACGUUCCAAGUCUGAAGUAAAGAAGCAAGUGAGGCUUAUGGAAGGGCAACUCGGUCCACGUGACUCACUUCCGACUCUCUCGGAGGUGGUGGUUGAGUCUUCAACAAACGGCCAUCUUCAUCUCCUUCACUCUCGUAAUGCUAACUCUCUCAAUCCUUCUUCGGAAAAAACGAAAGGUAAAUGGGAGACUCUGGUACUUGCAUACAAGACACUUGGUGUAGUGUUUGGAGGGCUUGUGACAUCACCACUUUAUGUGUAUCCAUCAAUGCCAUUGAGGUCUCCAACAGAAGGAGACUACUUGGGGAUUUUUAGUAUUAUGUUUUGGACUCUUACGCUUAUUGGUGUUGUUAAGUAUGCCAGCAUAGCUCUCAAAGCUGAUGAUCAGGGAGAAGGUGGAACAUUUGCCUUGUACUCAUUACUUUGUAGGAAUAUGAAUAUUGGAUUUCUUUCUCCCAAAAAUGUAUCUUCCAACUUGGGUAUUUCACGCUCUGUUUUGCAUGAUGGUACUGAAACUAAAACCAGGCUGGGCAAGUUUUUUGAAAAAAGUAUUGUUGCCCGGAGGGUAUUGCUUUUCAUUGCUAUGUUAGGCAUGUGCAUGCUUAUUGGAGAUGGAAUACUUACGCCUGCUAUAUCAGUGUUAUCUGCAAUGGAUGGAGUGAGAGCACCUUUUCCUUCUGUCAGUAAAUCUUUGGUGGAAGCUCUUUCUGCAGUAGUUCUAAUUGUUCUGUUCCUGCUGCAAAAAUUUGGCACCUCCCGUGUGAGCUUCCUUUUCUCCCCCAUCAUGGGUGCAUGGACCUUCAGUACUCCACUUGUGGGAAUUUAUAGUAUUAUACACCAUUACCCUAGUAUAUUCAAAGCUUUAUCACCCCACUACAUAGUCCAUUUCUUUUUGAGAAAUGGAAAGGAAGGCUGGCUGUUGCUUGGAGGAACUGUCCUCUGCAUCACAGGUUCUGAAGCAUUAUUUGCAGAUCUUGGUCAUUUCAACAGGAGUUCCAUUCAGAUAGCUUUUCUGUUUACAAUAUAUCCAUCACUUGUUCUGACAUAUGCGGGGCAGACAGCGUACCUGAUCAGGCACCCCAAUGAUCAUGAUGAUGGAUUCUAUAAGUUUAUACCAGAAGCAAUCUACUGGCCUAUCUUUAUCAUAGCCACAUCAGCUGCAAUUGUUGCCAGCCAAUCAUUAAUAUCAGCCACCUUUUCUGUCAUCAAGCAGUCUGUAGUGCUGGACUAUUUUCCUCGGGUCAAGGUGGUGCAUACAUCUUCCAGAAAGGAGGGCGAGGUCUACUCCCCAGAAAUCAACUACAUACUUAUGGUUCUUUGUGUUGCUGUUAUACUUAUCUUUGGAGAUGGAAAAGAUAUCGGAAAUGCUUUUGGUGUUGUUGUUAGCUUAGUCAUGCUCAUCACCACCAUAUUAUUGACACUAGUCAUGAUUAUGAUAUGGAGAACUCCAUCAAUCUUAGUUGCACUCUACUUCUUGGUGUUUUUCACAAUGGAAGGUGUUUAUGUGAGCGCUGUUUUCACGAAAAUUCCUGAGGGUGGAUGGAUUCCUUUUGCCAUAUCUUUUUUUCUUGCCUUCAUUAUGUUUGGAUGGUUCUAUGGGAGGCAAAGGAAGAUAGAAUAUGAGUUUACUCACAAGAUUAACUUGGAAAGACUUGGAAUUCUAUUAUCUGAUCCAGGUGUUCAAAGGGCUCCUGGAUUGUGCUUCUUUUACACCAACAUUCAAGAUGGGCUGACUCCUGUCCUUGGACAUUACAUUAAAAAUAUGAGAUCUCUUCAUAAAGUUACCAUUUUUACUACUCUCCGGUACUUAUUGGUUCCUAAGGUUGCUCUAGAAGAGAGGAUUGUCAUCAACAAACUAGGCCUUAGAGGAGUUUACGGAUGUGUUAUUCAGUAUGGCUAUGCUGAUUCCCUGAAUCUUGAAGGUCAUGACUUUGUAAAUGAAGUUACUGAUUUCUUGAAGGAGCAUAUACAAAACCUCUCGGGGUGUAUAUCAUCCAAUCCUAUGGAGAUCAAGGAAGACAAUUCUGAUCUAGAGGAUGCAAAGCGGUCUGGCGUGGUGCAUAUUCGAGGGAAGACAAGGUUUUACAUAGGGAAUAAUUGUGGAUGGUUUGAUAGAAUAAUACUUGCGUUUUAUGAAGUCUUGCGCAAUAAUUGCAGGUCGUCAUUGCCUGCCUUUGGCGUGCCAUUACCGCAGCGCAUUGAGGUGGGAAUGCUGUACGAGGCAUAAGAGUAAAGUGGAAAUGUAAGAUUUUGAGUUCCAAGAAGUUGCAUAGGAUAGAUACAUUACAUAGUGAAGAGGGAAAAUUACAAGUAUAUUGUUCCUCAUCAGAAAUGUUUGGAUUUGAA